AUGUCGGCAACCCCUCGCGGCCGGUCGUCGUCGCACCGCCGGACGCGGUGCAAGUGCUUAGGCGGCGGCAGCAAAGGGGAGCGCGGCACGCCGUGCUGCUCAUUCAACCCGCUCAGGUCGCUCUUCCGGUGCCCCGGCGGCCGCGGCCGCAGCCGCAGCCGUGGCAAGCAUCGGCAGCGGACGCCGUCCAGGGUCCGUGACGCGCCAGCGGCAGCAGGCGGCGUCCAGCUGCAGCAAGGCCAGGAGGAGGAGCCGUCCUUCUUCGUGUACGCCAUGCCGAACCAGGGCGGCUUCGGCGGCGCCGGCGCCGGCGGCGCCGAACGCAAGAAAAAUAAGCACAGGAAGCCGCGCAUGCCGUCCUUCGGCUCCUGCUUCCGUAGCAGGAAGAAGAAGGAGGAGCGGAAGCAGGCCAGGGCCGCGGCGGCCACUGCUGCGAGCGCCCCGCGCGCGGCGCUCACGCCGGCGUCCUCUUUGCUGACGCACCCGCCAGGCUCCCCCACGCCGCCGGGGAAGACGCAACCUCCGACCCCGUCGAUGACACAGCCACCUUCGCCCGCCCCUACCGAGAACGGCAGCACCGCCAUCAACUCGCCGGCGCCGCCUGGCCGGCAGCCGGCCGCACCGAGGCCGGGCAAGCAGCAGCCGGCGGACUCGCCGCGGUCGCCGUUCGCGCCGCAGAUGCAUCAGCCGAAGCAAGCGGAGGGGCUGGAGAAUCAGGGUUUACCUUAUCGAUAA